UUCGAUCUAUUAAUUAAUGUCUUAUACGUCCGCCAUAGCCUUCGCGCCAUUGACUUCUUCUUCCUCCUCAUCAACGAUCAUCCACCGCCGAAUAAUAAUGGUGCCGGCAGAUCAAACGCCCGCCGUCUGAUCGGAGCAGACGAUCGGAGCACUGUUCCAAAUCGGGUUUUCUAAUCAUGAACAUGAAAUCCUCAAACUUUAUGUUUCCACUCAUUAGAGAUCAGAAGAGGAGAUGGUGUGUGUGCAUGCUAAUUCCUGUUACUUCUCUAUUCUGUUUGUUGCUCCUUCUUGGGACUUCUUUCAUACAGAUUAGAAAAGAGAAACUCUUGAGAUGGAAAAGGGAUGAUUUGGAUCAAACAAAAUGUCAGAUGCAGACCUCCUGGAAGUGAGUCAUUGCCUCAAGGCAUUGUUGCAAAAACUUCUAACUUGGAAAGAAGACCUCUUUGGGGCUCUCCAAAGGUCUCUGUAAACAGAAAUCAGAUUUUGGGAGAAAUCUAUUUUCAGCUGCAGUUGGGAUGAAGCAGAAAGAAAAAGUAGACAUGAUGGUCAGAAAGUUCCUGUCAUGUAAUUUCACAGUAAUGCUAUUCCAUUAUGAUGGCAUUGUUGAUGAAUGGAAGGAUUUUAAAUGGAGCAAUGAUGUGAUUCACAUUUCAGCUCUCAACCAAACUAAAUGGUGGUUCGCAAAGCGGUUUUUACAUCCAGAUAUAGUUGCAGAAUACAACUACAUUUUCCUGUGGGACGAAGACCUCGGAGUCCAAAACUUCAAUCCUAAAAAUUAUGUGAGCAUAUUGAAGAGAGAAGGGCUAGAGAUAUCACAGCCAGCACUUGACACUGCAAAAUCUGAGGUGCAUCAUCAGAUUACAGCACGUGGAAGGAGAUCAAACGUCCACAGGAGGACUUAUAAAGCGGGCGAAAAUGGUACCACGGCGUGUAACGAAAGUAGUAUGGCUCCCCCUUGCACUGGGUGGAUAGAAGUGAUGGCACCUGUAUUUUCCAAAGCUGCAUGGAGAUGUGUAUGGUAUAUGAUCCAGAAUGAUUUAAUCCAUGCAUGGGGGUUGGACAUGCAACUCGGUUAUUGUGCUCAGGGAGAUCGAACAUCGAAGAUAGGUGUAGUGGACGCAGAAUACGUGGUACAUUAUGGGCUUCCCACCCUUGGAGAGCCUUCAAACACCAAGGGAACAACUACAUUUUCAUCUAGUAGAGUCGACUUCAGAAUCGAGGUGAGAAGACAAUCAUAUAAUGAAUACAAGGUGUUCAAGAGGCGGUGGAAAAAGGCGGCGGAGGAGGACAAGUGCUGGACAGAUCCUUAUCCGGAUCAACCCUCUUCUAUUUUGUGAAUAAUAUUAGUAAUUAAUUAUUAUUGUUAAAUAUGGCAGAUAUAUUUCUCAUUCUAUUUAGAAUAUAUUGUUUUCUUAUUG